AUGAACAUGACAAACAACACUAUGGUGACAGAAUUCACCUUGCUGGGCAUCCCUGAGACAGAGGGCCUGGAGAAUGUCCUACUCUUCCUGUUCUCAACAUUAUAUGCCUGUGCCUUGCUGGGAAACUUGCUCCUUCUUACUGCAGUCACCUCCUCCCCACGACUCCACACACCCAUGUACUUUUUCUUGAGCAACCUCUCUAUCUCUGACAUGGGCUUCUGUUCCACUACAGCUCCCAAGAUGUUGUCAUAUCUCUCAGGAAGGGGUGGGGGGAUUUCUUUCCAGGGAUGUGUUGUACAACAUUUCUUCUAUCAUUGUAUUGGAUGCGUUUUGUGCUUCCUGUACACAGUGAUGGCCUAUGAUCGCUUUGUUGCCAUAUGCUUCCCUUUGAGAUACACAAUCAUCAUGAACCACAGAGUAUGCUGUGUCUUGGCCACAGGGACCUGGAUGAGUGGCUGUGUGCAUGCCACCAUCCUAACUUGCCUCACUUUCCAGUUGCCCUACUGUGGCCCCAGUGAGGUGAGUUAUUACUUCUGUGACAUGCCUGCAGUGUUACUGCUAGCCUGUGAAGAUUCCUCUCUAGCACAGAGGGUAGGUUUCACAAAUGUUGGUCUUUUAUCUCUCAUUUGUUUCUUUCUCAUUGUUGUGUCCUACACUCGAAUUGGGAUCUCCAUCUCAAAAAUCCGCUCAACAGAAGGCAGGCAGAGAGCGUUCUCCACCUGCAGUGCUCACCUCACAGCCAUCAUGUGUGUCUAUGGACCAGUCAUCGUCAUCUACCUACAGCCCAACCCCAGCCCAUUGCUUAGUGCAAUUAUUCAGAUUUUCAACAAUCUUGUGACACCCACCAUCAACCCAUUGAUCUACAGCCUGAGGAACAAGGAUGUGAAAGCAGCCCUGAGGCAUGUAUUUCUUAAGAGAUGUCUUAGCCUGGAAGUAAAUGAAAACAUCUAA